GCGCCAGCCGCCCGCCUGUCAGAGGUUGCGCAGAAGUAUGCGGGAGAAGGGCUCUCUGCCUUGGGUGAGGUCACUUUCCACCGCCAAAAAAACCCUGCAAUUCUCUAACACUGGAUCUUAUUAUCUUCUGAGUUUCAAGGUCCCAUGAUGCUGACAGCCCUAAAUUGUUUCCGCUGGAAGAUGCAACAGUUCCGGUGAAGGGGGCGAAUUUUCAUGUCCUGGUAGUUUUGCUUCCGUUCAGGGUGCUGCAGCUUCCGACAGCCGCCUCUCGGGCAAGGAGGAGAAGCGACCGCGUGCGCAUGUCCCAAUCUUCCAGAGUGGGUGGGGCCGAGGUUGCGGGAGCGGGAGGGGGGAAAGAAAAGGGAAUUCCAAACUGUGGAACCCUGGGGGUCCCCGAGAACGGCUCCUUCUCCUGACUGUGGAUGGUGCCAGGGACGGAGCCUCUCGCGGCUCGUGGGGGCUUUGGGGACCCUCAGGGUGAGGGCGCAGGGCAGUGUCAGUGUCAGAGUGUGAGUGGGGUGCGGGAGUUCCAAACUUAGAAUCUUGAGGCCCUCGGGCUCCCGCACGGGGAAGGGGGAAGCUCGGGCCGCCAUGCGCGACAGGACCCACGAGCUGAGGCAGGGGGAUGACAGUUCGGACGACGAGGACAAGGAGCGGAUCGCGCUGGUGGUACACCCGGGCACGGCUCGGCUGGGCAGCCCGGACGAUGAAUUCUUCCAGAAGAUCCGAACAAUUCGGCAAACUAUUGUCAAGCUGGAGAAUGAAGUCCGAGAGUUGGAGAAGCAGCAGGUUACCAUCCUGGCCACGCCCCUUCCCGAGGACAGCAUGAAGCAGCGCCUGCAGAACCUGCGCGAAGAGAUCAAACAGCUGGGGAGGGAGAUCCGCGCCCAGCUGAAGGCCAUAGAACCCCAGAAAGAGGAAGCUGAUGAGAAUUGUAACUCGGUCAACAUGAGAAUGAGAAAAACUCAGCAAUUCGUGGAGCUCAUCAACAAGUGCAACUUGAUGCAGUCUGAAUACCGGGAGAAGAAUGUGGAGCGGAUUCGGAGGCAACUAAAGAUCACAAAUGCUGGAAUGGUAUCUGAUGAGGAGCUGGAGCAGAUGCUGGACAGCGGGCAGAGUGAGGUGUUUGUGUCCAAUAUACUGAAGGACACCCAGGUGACUCGACAGGCCCUAAACGAGAUCUCAGCCAGGCACAGUGAGAUCCAGCAGCUUGAACGCAGCAUCCGUGAACUUCAUGAGAUCUUCACUUUUCUGGCUACUGAAGUGGAGAUGCAGGGAGAGAUGAUCAACCGGAUUGAGAAGAACAUCCUGAGCUCAGCAGACUAUGUGGAACGUGGGCAGGAACAUGUCAAGAUGGCCCUGGAGAACCAGAAGAAGGCACGGAAGAAGAAAAUCUUCAUUGCCAUCUGUGUGUCUGUCACUGUCCUCAUUGUGGCAGUCAUCAUUGGUGUCUCCACAUUGGUUUGAUAGCGCCGCACAUUCUUGGCACUAAGAGCACCAGAGACCCCAGGGUCUGCCUUCUCUCCCAGCAGCUGGGGAGGGCAGGAUAGAACUUCCAGCCGGACCCCCUUCCUCAUACUGGCCCUGUGCAGAGGGAAAGAUGGUUCUUCUGGGGUUAGCAAGCACUCAUUCAUGGGGGCCUCCCCACUUGGGCCACAGUGCCUGGGGGAGGGCCUGCAGUGUCCUGUUCGGCUGGGACAUGUGGUUUUGUAAGAAAUUAAAAAAAAGAGAGAGAUCUUGGAGACUCCCCUGUGCAUGUGUGUUCCUAGAAGCGCUGGCCCAGGGCCUCCAGGUAUUCAGCCUCCCCACUUCUUGGCCAUCCUUGAGGCCAGGCAGGCUCAGCUCAGACUGUGAACACAGUGGCUGGCACUGCCAUUCUAUCCUCCAUAGAGGGGGGGAGGUAAUACCCACAUCUGGCUCCAUACUUUCCUAGGGAAAGACCAUUAGGAGUACCUAACCUCAAAGCACUGAGACUGGGCCAGGCCAGGCUGAGACACAGAUGAGAUGUGUGUGGCAUUAGUGGGCAUUCCUGAGGCCCAGGAAGAAGAGAAACCAUGAGGGACUGAGGCUGUUACUCUGGAUACAGUGGACAGGGAAAAGCCUAUCUCAGAGGGAACAACAUUUGCGUGCAAUGUUGAGGAGGACCAGUUCUGAGAAGAAGCAGGGGAGGGACCAGCAGGUCAGGCCCUGUGCCCAGAGAAUGGAAUUGCCUUUUACCUAAGUUAAAAGUACAGCUUAGCCAGCACACCUGGUUUCCAAGGGGUUACGUGGCUUAAGCAGGUAAAGGAAGCAGAGGAACCUGGCCACUGGUUUCUGUGAGACACCUAAGCUCCAAGUCCCGAUUCUAAAUUUCUGAGUCCAAGUCUGGAUGCUUCGUUUCUGGAACUGCAUAUGCGCCAGUCCCCAGACACCGGUUUCGGGGUUAACGAAGCUGGCUUCCAGGUUGGGUGUGGUUCGGCACCUAAUCCCGACCCAGGUAAGGGACUGGGUUCCAGCCGCCCGUCCUAUCCCACUUUCGAUCCCACAGGCCCCUGCUGCUGCUGUCGCUGCUGCUGUUUCCGGCUGCCCAGCCCGUCUGGCCGCAGGACCGCUUGCUAAGGCGCCAAGUGUGGGGGCGCACUGGAUGCCAGAGUAACCUGAGUUGUGGAGGGGCUGGAAGUCCUGUCAGUGUAGUCUCGGACCCGCCCCUAGACCUGGCCUGGGGGAGGGGCGAGAGAGCAGGGUCGGGUCCUAAGACUGGCGAUCCCAGCCUGCUCUGCCUCCAUCCGCGGUUGGGCACCCGCCUGCAGCUCCUCCCGGUGGCCCUGGAGUGACAGGUGCACAGCGCCUGCGCCUGGGCAGAGAGGACUGGUUCUGAGUGUAGGGAGCGUGGCUGAGGUGAUAGCCGGGUCACAACGUGGAAACGAUGGCCUCUGGACCUAAACGUUGCUCCUGAAGAGCAUUGGGAUUGAUCUAUGGGGAGCGCCCUGGGAAUGAACACCCGGGUAUUAAACCUCAGUGAGAGGAGAGACGGGCAGGACCUCAGAGUCCGCAAUCGCGCCCUGAAGAGAUUGGAUCACAGGGGCAUUCUCAGACCUCCAAAAAGGGAAAGCCGGGGGCUUGAGAGAGACUGGCAAGGCAAUGAGUUGGGGACUUGACAUCAGAAGGCGUGGCUGGGUGCACAAAUCUGGGAUGGUACCCACGCCUUCACCUGCUGGAGAUCAUGUAUCUUGUGUACCAGUGGAGCUCUAGACACCUACAGGAAAGACCUUGUCAUUUUCAGCAGUGUGCAAACAAUCUGGAUGUCCACCCAGUGGGGAAACUGCAGGGCUACACGGAUCCUGUCCUAGUAGAAGACUGAAUUGGACACGGGGCCUCUGUCUGGGCUUCCCUGAUUCUCAUGUCUUCCCCCUGUCAGCGGAAUCCAGUGGAAUCUUCUCUUGUUGGUCGCCUGUAUGCACUCCCUCACCUUUCUGCCUUUAGAGUAAAACUGCAAGACCUGUGGCACCUACUGGGAUCCAACUGCAGAGACCAUGCCACAUCUAUGCACCUGGGUGUCCCUAUGCAGCACGGUACUUCUGCUUGGCUAUGCUGGACAGCGCCACUCCUGAAAGGCCGCUUAGCUGUCUGUCUUACCCGGGAAGCUGUCUAGAACCUCUUGGAAGAGGUGCUAGAUGGCCAGGUGAAGCCUUGGAUGCUUGUCUCAGUACUUUGAACUUCUCCUCUGGGCCAGGGAGCAUUCUGGGAAUGCUAAUUAUUAUUAUUAUUUUCCUAAUAAAUCCAUGGAAGGUUAUUGAA